AACUUGGUCGUACAGGUCAUCCAAGAAGCCGCACUUCACUUUGCUUUCUGUAGCCCUUAGCCAUGCGCGUCACCGUUGCCGUCCUAACGUUAGCCAUCGCCGCAUGCGCAGAAGUAUGUGCUCGCUACGUCGACCCUGAAAAGUGUACCGCCAUCCUUGUCGGUGCCAAGGCGUCCGCCACGGGUUCGCCCAUGACAACUCAAACCAACGACUGCGGCGACUGCGACUUCCGCUUGGUGAAAGUACCUGCAAAAGACCACGCGCCAGGAUCUCGUCGCCCUGUGAUCUUGGUCGGGCAGCCUUAUCCUCGCUACGUGGGCGAAGACCGAGGACCGGUGUACACCAAGGCCAACCUGGACAAGUCACUGUUCACCUGGACCGACACCCCCGCGAUCGGGUCCAUUCCGCAAGUAAACCACACGUUUGGGUACGUUGAAGGCGUGUAUGGGAUCAUGAACGAGCAUCAGCUGGGCAUUGGCGAGUCGACGUGUACGUCUAAGCUGUGGACCAAGCCAGUGUCGCAAGGCGGCAAGGCGCUACUCGACAUCACCGAGCUGAGUCGCAUUGCGUUGGAGCGAUCGAAAACUGCGCGGGAAGCCAUCGUGUUGAUGGGGGGCUUGGCUGAGCAGUACGGGUACUACGGGGCAGCAUGGGACACCCCCGAAAUCGCGAUGGACGAGGCGGGGGAAGCGCUGACCGUGACGGACCCGAAGGAGGGCUGGAUGUUUCACAUUCUGCCAGAUGACUCGGGCACGUCCGCCGUGUGGGUGGCGCAGCGCGUGCCCGACGAUCACAUUGCCGCGAUCGGCAACCAGUUUGUAAUCCACCACAUCAACAUCACAGACACGGCCAACUUUUUAGCGUCGGCGAAUGUCUAUGACGUGGCAAAACGCAAUGGUUUCUGGGAUGAAGACACUGAGUUUGACUUUACAGCUGCGUACGCCCCCAAGCAACCGAACCAGUACAGCAUGACCCGCCGCGUGUGGCGCGUGCUGUCGCUGGCCAACUCGACCAUCGGAUUGAACCCGUUCACGGACGCAUUUGCAACCGACUAUCCGUUUUCAGUUCAACCGGACGCGCCACUGACCCCAGCCGACCUCAUGCGCUUUCAACGCGAUCAUUAUGAAGGCACGCCAUUUGAUUUGACGCAAGGGCUCGCGGCGGGGCCGUACGGUGACCCGAACCGCUACAGUCCAGGCCAGGUCGCACCAGGUGGGUCGUUUGAACGGUCAAUCUCCGUGUACAAGGCCACGUACUCGUACGUGACGACGGCGCACCCGACCAACGAGAACAAGGCAGUGUUAUGGUUUGGGCCGUACGCGCCGUCGCACACAACGUACUUUCCGAUUUACCCCAAAGUGAGUGCCAUCCCUGACGUGGCAUCUCGUGGGUCGUUGCACGCGUUCGACAUGUCCAAAGCAUUUUGGCUCAAUGCGUUGAUUGGCAACUACGCAUCCCGAUACUACAAGUUCACGCAACCCGUGAUUGUGGCGGCGCAACUUCGUCUCGAAGCCAAGGCCUUGGCAGUCCAAGCUGCGAUCCACGACAAGGCGCUGGCCAUUUUCCAAAGCCAAGGGGACGACGCGCUCGUCACGUACCUGACCAACGUGUGCGCGUCGUUUGCAGCCGACGCCCACAGCGGCUUCAGCGCCGUCUUCGCGUCACUUGUGACCCACUUCCACGACGGCUACAUCAUGUCCAACCUCACAAGCAGCACCAUCGGCGUCCAGGCCAUGGGGUACCCCCUAUGGUGGCUCCAAGCUGUGGGGUAUUACAACUCGUCGACGUCUCCAGCGUCGGGUUCGUCCACCGUCCUGGCGACGGUGGGGUAUGUCGUGCUCGUGUUCUUGGCGCUUGGUCUCGGGUUUGCUGUCGGCCAGCACUCGAUUCGACUCAAGGGAUAUGCUUUUAUCAAGUAACUUUUGACAGCUGGGACUAAAACAAUACAUAAUAUAUAUAUUAUGUGUAUUGAUUGACC